AGUCCCACGCGCGUUUACCUCUUCUGGUUUAAAAGGACUCUCUCUCCCCGCAAACUCGUCGUCGGUCGGCAUCAAAACUCCACCACUCUCUCUCUCUCUCUCUCAUGACAUGAAAUUGUAUCAGAUCCAUGGACGAACAUGAUCUCAUUCUCUCUCUACAUUCUUCGGCCAAUGCUUUUCAGAUCUUUCUUAGUCUUCCUCUUCUGUCGUCGUCCUCCUACGUCCCCCUCUCUCUCCAGCGCUAACUAGUAUAACUCUUUCUCUCUCUUGCUCUUAAUUUCUCUCUCUAGAUUCCAUUCCUGUGAUACAAUUCGAUAGAAUUGAGGCCAGGUCGGAGAUGAAGGGCUCGAGCCGAUUGUUCACGAUCGGGCUCGUGGCGGCCUGGUACUCCUCCAACAUUGGGGUUUUGUUACUGAAUAAGUACUUGCUCAGCAACUAUGGCUUCAAAUACCCUAUCUUCCUCACCAUGUGCCACAUGACUGCGUGUUCUCUGCUCAGCUAUAUUGCAAUUGCGUGGAUGAAGAUGGUCCCUAUGCAGACAAUCCGAUCUCGCCAGCAAUUUUUGAAGAUUUCUGCCCUCAGUAUGAUUUUUUGUGCCUCUGUUGUCAGCGGUAACAUCUCGCUGAGGUUUUUACCAGUUUCGUUCAAUCAGGCAAUCGGAGCAACGACUCCGUUCUUCACGGCUGUGUUUGCAUAUUUAAUGACGUUGAAGAGGGAGGCUUGGCUCGUUUAUUUCACUCUCAUUCCUGUGGUCACUGGAGUCAUCAUCGCCAGCGGGGGGGAGCCAAGUUUCCAUCUUUUUGGGUUUAUAAUGUGCAUUGGUGCUACGGCUGCAAGGGCACUCAAAUCUGUGCUUCAGGGGAUUUUGCUUUCUUCUGAAGGGGAGAAGUUGAAUUCCAUGAACCUCCUCCUGUACAUGGCUCCAAUAGCUGUUGUACUUCUACUUCCUGCAACACUCAUUAUGGAAGAAAAUGUAGUUGGUGUCACACUUGCACUUGCCAGAGAUGAUACGAGGAUCAUCUGGUAUCUGCUAUUCAAUUCUGCGCUAGCAUAUUUUGUCAAUUUGACCAAUUUUUUGGUCACAAAACACACAAGUGCUCUGACUCUACAGGUCCUUGGAAAUGCAAAAGGGGCUGUAGCUGUGGUGGUCUCAAUAUUAAUAUUCAGAAAUCCCGUCUCAGUGACUGGGAUGCUUGGCUACACGCUCACUGUCUUUGGGGUUAUCCUCUACAGCGAAGCUAAAAAGCGUAGUAAAUAAGAGACUAGUCUGGGAGAGCACAGGUGCAAAUUCCAUCUAUUUUGGCUUUUUAUAAACCUAAAUGGUGGCAAGUCAGAAGAUCUACUUGCAGUUCUUGUCAUGGAAUUUGCCUUCAAAAUUCUAAUUUUUUGCCCACAGACGUGGGGAUAAGGUUUCCAUAUGUAUCAGCAACAACCACCAGAUUGGCGGAGUAGAAAGUUCUAAUAAAUACUGAUUUCUCUCUUUAUUUUUCUCAGUUCGGGGAUAUUGAGGAAGAUCUUUUUUUAUCUUUUAUUCUUUCGGGAAAAGUUUGUAGAAUUGAACCAACAGAAUCAGUAUGUUAUAAACAUGUUCUCAUAGAAAUUAAUGAAUGAAAGAUACAGAUAUCAAUUUUUACCA